CCCGAACCCUUUAUAGAUCCCUGUCAGUUACGGAGUACUACUUGAGAUAGCGGAACAGAUCGUGUCAGUUUCAGGAAUAGACUCAUGUAAUUGACAGUGUGUUAACCGUCUUAUUAUGUCUAAUUGUUGCCGUCGAUUGGAAAACUUGAUUUAUUUAUGCAUUUGAAUUUUGAAGUGAAUUAUAUGGGAACUGGCUAGCUAUAGCUAAACUGAGUAGCCUAAUUACUCUGCCGUUAUGCGAGAGCUCCUGCUUGAAAGCUCGCUUCUGUAGAUGGCUAGCUAGCUAACGGUAAUGCAUAGUAAAUACACAGUACUCUGCGUGUGAAUCAACAUGACAAACAAUAUGUUUACCCAAUUUGGACAAUUCUGCAAUUAUCUGCAAGACCCAAAUCAUGUGGCACGGUUUCAGAAAAUAUGUGGUGUGCGCGGGACGUUUUCGAAGAAUCUUGCGGAGACCAAAGGAGAGGGACGAGCUCACUUCCACAACAACGGAAUUAGUCAUCUCCAGGGCGAAAGUCAGAAAUGUAUUAUCAACCGAGGCGAAGUGGAGACAACAGAGGUUCGUCGGCAGAGGAAAGUUACCUCUACGGGUAACAAUUCAAAACAUAAGGGCGUAGACGAUACUUCUCCCAAUGGGGUAGUGGUCACUCCUGCGGCGGUGCAAUCGGUCGGGCACGGCGGGAAUGGUUGCCGUCUCCCUGAAGCAGGUGAAGAUAUCGGAGGACAGGACUUGACACAAAAGCGGGUUACUGAGGACAUCAGUCCUUCUAGGGGCACUGUCAAGCCCUUGCGUAAAAACUCCCUGACUGGCGAUGCGGGGCAAGAGUUUUUAAUCGAGAACAAGUUUUUGUACUACUUGUUCACAUUCGGAACUGAGCUUGGCAACGAGUUGUUUUAUAUCACCUUUUUCCCGUUCGUCAUCUGGAACGUGGAUGCCUACGUCUGUCGGCGACUGAUCUUGGUCUGGGUUUGGGUCAUGUACCUGGGUCAGAGCACCAAGGAUGUAAUUCGCCGGUCAAGGCCAGCCUCGCCGCCCGUAGUCAAGGUGGAAAUGUUCUACAACACGGAGUACAGUUUGCCCUCGACGCAUGCCAUGUCGGGCACUGCCAUUCCCUUCUCGCUGUUCCUGUUGACCUACAGCCGCUGGGAGUAUCCCUUCAUGUUUGGGUUCUUUUUGGCAAUGUGCUGGUGUUUGCUGGUUUGUGUAAGCCGCAUCUACAUGGGCAUGCACUCCAUCCUGGAUGUCAUUGCAGGCUUCCUGUACAGCCUCCUGAUCCUGGUGGUGUUCCAGCCAUUGCUGGACCUGAUCGACAACUUCAACCUGACAUACCGCUACGCGCCCCUCCUCAUCAUCUCCCUACACCUGGGCAUGGGCCUCUUCUCUUUCACGCUGGACACCUGGAGCACCUCGCGGGGCGACACCGCUCAGAUCCUGGGCACCGGCGCUGGCAUUGCCCUUGCUUCGCACCUCAACCACUACCUGGGACUGAUGCCCGACCCCCCACUGGACCAGCUGCCCCUGUCCAGCCCGCCCCUUAGUGCAGGUCUCCUGGCCGUAUCCAUGCUACGGUUCUGCCUGGGCAUGCUGGUGCUGUUGGCCACCAGGUCCUUGAUGAAGGCCGUCACCAUCCCCCUGGCCUGCCGUUUCUCCGGCAUCCCCAGUGGAGAUGUGAGGGAGGCCCGUCAGCACAUGGAAGUGGAGCUGCCUUACCGGUAUAUUGUGUACAGCACUGUGGGCUUCAACACUCUCUUCCUGGUGCCCCUGCUCUUCACCUUCCUGCCACUGUCCUGAUGGGAUGUGUCUUCUCAUCUAAAACCAGGCCCUUAGGAACAAGACUCACACCCGACAUGUAAUGUACCUCAAACGCCCUCACGCCACAAGCCCUCACCCCUGAAAACUCAGCUGGCACCAUCCCAGCAGCACUCAAAAUAAAUGUUGUGUUUUAUGAAAUCUCUUGCUUUCAAUCAGAAAUUCACCUUUUAUCUCAAUUCCUCAGAUUUUCUGGAAAUGCAAUCAUUAUUUUAGCGAAGUCUAGGGUCUUCAAAGUAAGUUAUGGAGGGAUCUUUCUGUUCCUGAACCAUACAUUUUCUAUGCUGAGGACUUGGGUAAAAACUCUGCUUUUUUGUACUUUGAAGAAAGUCUAAUAUAUUCUGUUGAAUUCAGUGUAUUUCCUGGUUGUGCUCUCAUUUUUCUAAAGGGCUAUUUUAUAUCUAUUGUUAAUUUUCCUUGUCUAUAUUUUGUAAAUGAACCCCACGGAUGUUGAGGUUUGAAAAUCCAGAUUUAACCCUGGACUGAUGGGAGAAAAGCCAUGACUAAGCACAUAUGAUGCAGCCGCGUCACUUAGUUACAGUGCAAUAUAUAGAUUUAUUGAGGACAUUGUCCUUAUAGAUCAUUUGAGGGUUUCAAUUAGUGACCACGACCUCAUCUCAUUGCAUCAACUCUGAGCGACAUACUGCUUUUUGUCACACUGCUUACUCAUACCGAAAGUCAGCUGGGACCAACACACUUAGAGAAUGCUCCUCUGGCUAACAACUAGAAUUAGCUGGCAGGCAUGUGACCUGUUGAGAGAAGUUGCUAGAGCACAUUCACUGGUCAUUCCUCUCACAACCCAGACAGUGCAGGGCCAAUUCACACCACCUUUUCUGGACAUCCGGGUCACAGCUGGUACCGUACAAAAUUCACACCACCUUUUCUGGACAUCCGGGUCACCGCUGGUACAGUACAGCACGACCAGGGAACUUACCUGGAUAGCAGUUCUGCAGGUGCACUCCUCUGCAGUGUCUUAGACCGCUGCGUCACUCUUACAGACCAGUGGGACUGUUUUGAUUGGCUUAGACACACAGCGAGGAACAUCCUGUAAAACAGGAUGGGAUGCCCCUGACUGCAGUCACUAACUUCCUGUGGUCCGUCUCGUGAUUGGAUGGGGCCAAGGGGAGCUGAGAGGAUAACCCAAGGGUACAGGCACAGUUCUGACAGAGAGGGGAAAGGUCAGAGCUAGGCUAGAAACAAGUAUCGGAGCUAAAUUCUGUUUAAAUUCAGGUUCUGGUCCUCCCAUGAUAACAAAUAUUAUUUGCAUUCACAGAAAAUGUUUAAGUUUAACUAGAAAGCCCUCAGUGAAUUAGCUGAAGAUAUUUUAUCUUUCAAUUGUACUUCAAUGAACACUUUGGCAUUUCUUUCUCUGUCUGUUCUGUGACAUGCUGGUGCCAGUCUAAAACUGAAGUUUCCCCUUUGCAGUGAAAAUACUGUAUUGGAGCCCUCUGCUGAUGUUCACACCAAUACACAUUUACAUAAAUCAUUCCUUUUUGGAAAAUCCGUAAGGUUCCAGAACCACCUGUCAAACAACGGAACACUGUUGCCCAUGGGGCAGAGGCUUAAUAGGAAGGCCAUGAUGUAUAGUGGUAACAGAAUAUUUGGGAACCCUUUAGAAUGUUUUGUAUUUCUGCAUACCUUUGAUAUAAUUUUCAACCAAAAAACGGUUUCACCUUUUCAUUUCCUGAGCAAUGGUGAGAGCAUGUCAGCGUGUUUUGUUUUAGCCACACUCUAUGCCACUCUGUCCAUUUCUCAUUCAUUGAUAUUCAUGUUUCUAUCAAAUGUCCAGUCUUUGUUAAGAUUUAUUUAGAAGUUCAGAAGAAUAUUAACUUACUACAAAAAGGAAAAUGUUGCGGCACCAACCAUUUAGUGUCGUUUUAUAAAUGUGGGAGCUCUUAGCAAAAUGCAUGGUCCAAUCACAAAUGUAUUUACCAAGUGUGUAGAUAAGAAAUGCAGUGUACAGUGUCAUGCUAAUAAACUGGGACCAAAUGCUAAUACCUUUGACUAUUUACUGAGUUGAGCUAGAGGUAAAAUUUUUAAACAUUUACAUUAGAGAGAAAAUGAAUGUUGGACCUAUUUGGUAAUUUAGAAACAAAAAGGUUCAGUUGUUUUUGUGAUAUUUUUUUCUCUAUCAGGUUCUCUUUAUUUUUAGGACAGAUAUAGAUCAGAUCCCAUUUGUGUCAAAUGUAUGCAGAAAUAAAGCAAUGCACCAGGGUUCCUAAAUGUCAGAGCAUUCUGUCUGAAUACACAAUACGUGAAAUGAAAUAUAGAUGUCAGUGGGUUUGUCAGUAUAAAUGCACUGUUCCCAGAAUGCACUGUUGUUGGUGUGCCUGUCAGUCUGUCUGUCUGUUGCCCUGUUGCCAUGCUUGUCUUUUUGUCUCUUGCAUUGUUGGUGUGCCUGUCUUUCUGUUUUAUUCCCUGUUGGCAUGCCUGUCUGUCUAUUGCCCAGUUGGUAUGCUUGUUUGUCUGUCUGUUGCCCUGUUAGUGUGCCUGUUUCUUUUGUAUGUUGCCCUGUUGGUGUGCCUGUCUGUCUAUCUAUUGCCCUGUUGAUAGAAAGUGGUUAGGCGACACUGGUGUAAUAUGUCUUUUGUCUCAAUGGGACCUGUUUUUUUGUGUUUUUCUUGUCCUUUUUUUUCCAGUGAGAAAGAAGGUCACGUUUUUGUAUUUUAUUUAGACUUUUUGUAACCCGAACAACACCGCACAGAACUCUGACCUGAUGGUCAUGUGAUCAAGCACUAGUCUUUUUAUUGGCAAGGAAGUUUGUCUGCAGAUGGAAGGAAGAUAAUGCACAUUGGAUUGAUACUGAUUGAAACCUCAACUUCCUGAUUACGCAAGUAGUUAUUGUUUUCCAGGCGGAAGGCCUGGAAGUCCACCUUAGAAACUAUUUUAAAUAUGGUUAAAUAAUGUGUUGUGUAUUUUGCCUGUGCUAUUUCAAAGAAUUUAAUCUUGCUUUCUAACGUGAUGUUUUCAAUGAUAUUAUUGUUUUUUUGUGCGAGUUUAAGCUAAGAUAAUUACUUCUAUUAUGACUGCUGAUGUGAUCCUUUUCUUUUUCUAAUUUUCAACCAAUUGUAAAUUGGUCAAUGUUCUGGCUGUACUGAAGCUUUAGUUGAACUCUGUUCUUAAUACCCUUGUGCCUUUACUGUGGUUGAUGAAGGAGUUAAAGUUAUUGGGAGCUAUUGAAUUGGAGAUUGAUGUGAGACGUAAGUGUUGUUGGGUCCAACAUAAUUCUGUUUUAAUUCUAUUAAAAACUGUGUGUUUGCUUUUGCACUUGUGACCAUGUAUUCAUUUGAUUGACAUUACAAUUUUAGUACAAACAGUAUUUUUGUUACGUCAUACCAUGCUGUUUAACUUGUUUAUUUUUUCCUUCUGCUUCUCAUUUUUAAUUUGAAGCAUUUGGGUUGUUAGUUUCUAAUUUGUUAAACUACAUAAAAUACUUGCAUGACAGAAUCUUACAUAUUAGUGUUUAUGAUGCAAUAUAUAUCUUUGUCAAAAUGCUUGUUUUACAAAAAAGAAUCCACUAAAUAUAACCUUUAGCUGCCAAUUUUAUCUGUAUUUGCUGUUAUGUUUGUGAAACUAAGAUUUGUAUCAGUCCUGAAAAUUAUUAAUGUUUCUGUUUUUAGAUAUGUUUCAGCAAAUAUCUGAGCCUAUAUGAAAUGACAAAUCAUAAAAAUGGUAGGUUAUUAUUUUUACAACCUUAAAUAUGUGUUUGUUCAUAUUUAUUGAGUUCAAUCCUUACAAUUCUACAAGGCACUGAUCUGUCUGACAUUAAGUGACAUAAUUAAAACAAACUGUUCACUUCUGUCUUUUCACUUUUGAAAUUACAAAAAAUAAAAAAAUA